AUGGUCUACAUUGGAAUUCCCCAGCACUACACGGCGUCGCCGUCCUCGUUCAUGGCGACCCCGUCCUUGACGAUCAACCAUGAGGCGACCCAGGAUCUUGAUUCUACCAACGCCUUCGAAGGCCCCGAGAAGCUUCUGGAGGUUUGGUUUGCCCCGUCCGCUCAGGAACUGGGUUCCGCCGGUCCUGCCGGCCUGAAGGCUGUGCCCGAAGAGAUCUGGAAGGACAUGCUUGAUCUCGUCAACUGCCAAGUGCUCUCCAUUGUCUCGUCUGAGGAUGUGGACGCCUAUCUCCUGUCCGAGUCCAGCAUGUUCGUCUGGCCCCACAAGCUGAUCCUCAAGACCUGCGGUACGACGACCCUGCUGUCGGGACUUCCGCGCAUCCUCGAGAUUGCCGCUCUGUUCGGUGGCUUCCCUCGCGCCACGGCGCCUUCCCGCGGCAUCGCCGUCGCUGCGGCCCCGUACCGCGUGUUCUACAGCCGCAAGAACUUCCUCUUCCCUGACCGUCAGCGCGGUCCCCACCGCAGCUGGAGAGACGAGGUUCGCACCAUGGACAAGCUAUUCCUCAACGGCAGCGCCUACAUGAUUGGCAAGAUGAACGGCGAGCACUGGUACCUCUACCUAACUGAGCCCAACACCUUGCUCACUCCCCCGACCAGCCCUCGGGUCGAGUCUGAGGAUCCGGUGACCGAGACCAAGAUGCUUCAAGUGCCCGCAGCUGGAGCGUACCAGACUCGCGAAGAUCAGGAUGAGACUUUGGAGGUGUUGAUGACCGACCUGGAUGAGGAGAACGCCAAGCAAUUCUACCUUGACCACGCUACUGCUGUUGCCGAGAAGCGUUACUGCAACUUCGAGGCCGACAAUGACGACCACGUUGAUGUCUUUAGCAACAACUCCGAUAUGGAUGACGUGUCGUCCAACGGCAGCCGCGUCUUGCCUCCUGAGCUGACUACCGAGGGUCAUGCUCUGGGAACGGUCGUGUCGGAGUCUUGUGGUCUUUCGGACUCUCGGAUCGACGCCUACCUGUUCACCCCAUGCGGAUUUUCCGCCAACGGCGUCAUCCCCACCCCGGACCAGAACACCGGAACGCACUACUUUACGGUGCAUGUGACCCCGGAGCCUCACUGCUCCUAUGCGUCGUUUGAGACCAACGUGCCGCACUCGCAGAACGGCCAGACUACGCAGGAGAUCAUCCAGCAGGUGGUGAACAUCUUCAAGCCCGGACGCUUCACGGUGACCUUGUUCGAGGCUAAGCCUGAGACUACUACGGCUGACGGCGACUUGGACCACAUCAAGGAGGUCAAGUACAUUGAGCGGCAGGCAGCUCGUCGCACCAAGAUGGAAAAUGUGGCAGGAUAUCGUCGGGUGGAUCGGAUCGUGCAUGACUUGGACGGAUAUGACCUCGUGUUCCGCUACUACGAACGUCUUGACUGGAAAGGGGGGGCCCCUCGGCUCGGAGAAGAGCGCGUUUGAGAGCGAACACGGUGUCUAUCCAUGCAUGAGAGGUGAGAUGGAAGUGGGAGAAUGAUAUCGUUUACUUGACUGUUUCCAAUUUCGGGUUUUGUCAACUGUUACUUUUCUGUCAUCGAGCGAUUGAGCUUUGUUCCUUUUGAGCAAUGUUAGUAUCCACCUUCGCUUACGCCUUGUGGCAUUGUGGUUAUUUUGAACGAAUAUUAUCCGUCUUACGGACUGA